GAGCCGUCAGUUCACAGACGACAAACGGGAUUCAGGAUUUCAGGGCAUAAACAUUUGUCACAUGUCAACAUGGCUGCCACUGUAUGCAACGAAGAUUUCACCAACUUACAGCUUCUUCUGAAGGCUCCUUCUAAAGACGCAGUGAGAGAGGUUUGUGUGCAGAGUCAAAGAGGUCUGAGUCGACGGCUAACUGAGAGCACUGCAGCAACACUCGGCAUUUCGGAAGCCCAGGCUGCACAGCUGGUCCAGUCCCUCCAUGCACUCUCCCAUUACGUCCUUUUCUACAACCUCAGCUCUCCAGAGCAGAUCCUCGCUAUCUUCCCCGAGUCCUUCCAUUCCAGUCUGAAAAACCUGAUCACCAAGAUUCUGUUAGAGAACAGUGCAACAUGGAGGACAGAAGCCCUCAGUAAUCAGAUCUCUCUCCCUCAACUGAAGGACUUGGAUUGGAGAGUUGACAUGGUGACCAGCUCAGAUUCAGUCAGUCGGAUGUCGGUGCCAACCUGCCUGGUUCAACUCAAGAUGGUGGAUCCAUGUUCAUCAGCAGGCAGUGAGUCUGUUUCCUCUGUGACUGUGGAGCUGAGUAGGGAGUCUCUGGACACUAUACUGGAUGGACUUGGACGCAUCAGAGACCAACUGUCAGUAGUUGCUGGGAAGUGAUCACUGAAAGCUCAGAGACAGUGCUUUGAUUUUUACAGUGUGAUGCUGAUGUGUUUGGAUUAUCAUCUGUGUCUAACAACUGCCUGUGUGUCACCACUUUGCCCCAGUACAAAAGUCAAGAUGAAAUAUGGUGGAACUAUUUCCAUCCAUGUUGAGUUAGUGCUUUAAGAAUUUCUCCAGCAAUGAAGGUAAAUUGAGACAUAAGGUCUCACCUCCUGUCUCGUCCAAUUGGUAAACUUGUAUACCUGGAACUUUGAUAGAACCCAUCAGAUUUCGUCCCCACAGUUUUCAAGAUAAAAUUUAUUGCCAUAUGUCUGCUCUUUACUUUGUAUAGAGGUCCCAGUAGUGGGUGGAACCAUGAUAAUGUGUGUCUACUUCCAGUCAACACUGAAAAAACUUUGCAAAUGAUUUAACUAGCUGAAAUUGUCACAGGUGUCAUGUCCUAUAUAUCUGUGUAUUAAUUUGGUGAUUUAGAAAAUAUCUGAAUGUUGUUUAACUAACAGAUUAGAAUGAAAUAUGUCUUUUUUACACUGUUGGAAACAUAGAACACACACCAAGGAUACCUGUUCAAUCAAUAAAAAUUAAUUUUAAUUGGAUCUGCCACAAGAUGAA